ACCUACUGAGUUUGUUGAUGCACUGAUCAUGGUCUACUACAGAUUAGUGAGGUUGCAGAGAGGUCAGAGGGUAAAGGCUAUUCACCCAGGACUCUCGAUUGUAGAAUACACAGCCAUCUUGGAUCUACGAGCAGAAGGGAAAUUAAUGCGGUGACAAACGGAAUGUUCAGUGCUACGAGAAAGAAGUUUGUAGAGGGGGUCGAAAGUGACUACCCUGAUGAGGGCAUGUACUACAGCCAGCCGUUGCCGUUCUCACAUAGGUCGGACAAAGACUUAAGCGCUCUGUCUGCUCGAUCACACGUCCCUAGUACAGCUCCCUUUGAACUUGAAAUGCUCUCGUCUCCCUCACCGUCGUCAUCAGGUCAACUGUCCCAGCUUGGUGCCAGUUUAUACGGCCCACAGAGUGCACUAGGCUUCUCGAUAAGGGGCAUGGGAAACAACACUCAGUUAAACCGCAGCUUAACGCAAGGCACCCAGCUACCGAGCCAUAUCACCCCCACCACGGGGGUGCCCACCAUGUCCCUCCAUACCCCGCCCUCGCCAAGCAGGGGGAUCCUGCCGAUGAACUCGAGGAACAUGCUGAACCACUCCCAGGUGGGCCAGGGCAUCGGGAUGGUCAGCAGCAGGACCAACAGCAUGGGCAGCCCCAACCGCAGCUCCCCCAGCAUCAUCUGUAUGCCCAAACAGCAGCCUGCACGGCAGCCCUUCACCAUCAACAGCAUGUCAGGAUUCGGGAUGAACCGGAACCAGGCGUUUGGGAUGAACAACUCGUUAUCAAGCAACAUCUUCAAUGGCACAGACGGUAGUGAAAACGUGACGGGGCUCGACCUGUCCGACUUCCCUGCUUUAGCAGACAGGAGCCGGAGGGAAGGAAGCGGAAACCCAACGCCGCUACUCAACCCACUAGCUGGAAGGGCCCCCUAUGAAGCCUCUUCUCUUCAUCUCAUGACCUCAUCAGUUGGCAUGGUGACGAAGCCAUCGAAUGAGCCGACGCAGGAUUUCUCCAUCCACAACGAGGACUUCCCUGCACUGCCUGGUCCCAACUACAAGGACCCCACGUUGAGCAAUGACGACAGCAAGACAAACCUAAACUCUACAGGCAAGAGCACGUCCAGUGCAGAUGGGCCUAUGUUCCCCGGAGACAAGACAACCUCAGCACAGAACAACAACCAGAAGAAAGGGAUCCAGGUGUUACCUGAUGGGCGGGUGACGAACAUUCCCAGGGGAAUGGUGACGGACCAGUUUGGAAUGAUCGGCUUGCUGACAUUUAUUCGAGCGGCGGAGACGGACCCAGGCAUGGUGCACCUGGCGCUGGGAAGUGACCUCACAACAUUGGGACUCAACCUCAACUCUCCAGAAAACCUGUACCCCAAGUUUGCUUCCCCCUGGGCAUCAGCACCGUGUCGACCUCAAGACAUUGACUUCCACGUCCCGUCUGAGUACUUAACCAACAUUCACAUACGGGACAAGCUGGCAGCUAUUAAACUGGCUCGUUACGGUGAAGACCUGUUGUUCUAUCUGUACUACAUGAACGGAGGAGACCUGCUUCAGCUCCUGGCAGCAGUAGAGCUCUUCAACCGGGACUGGCGGUACCACAAGGAGGAGCGGGUGUGGAUCACGCGGGCGCCGGGUAUGGAGCCCACACUAAAGACCAACACCUACGAGAGGGGAACCUACUACUUCUUUGAUUGUCUUAACUGGAGGAAGGUAGCCAAGGUAAAGGAGUUCCACCUGGAGUACGACAAGCUAGAAGAGAGGCCCCACGUCCCGUCUACCUUCAACUACAACCCAGCCCAGCAGGCCUUCUGAGGCCCAAGUACAGUAUAGCCCCAGGGGUACUGCUGUCCCUGCACCCCUCCCUCCCAGCCUGAGGAAGGUGCGGUGGCUCAGGCAUCCAUCCUGGUUUUUAUUCCUUGAGGAUCUGGUUAAAAUGACUGCAGAGGAGGUCCUCACCACUGCAUAAGGGUGGGGAAAACUGAGCCCUGCCUUUCCCAAAUUAUGUGCUGCCCAAACACCUACACUUGUUCUGUUUUUAUUCCUUUAAUGUCCUUGUUUUUUGAGGUGGGAGUUGAGCAGGGUCUGUGUUUUGUUUACCUCUGAAUCAGAAGACUGACUAUACCGGCACACUUUACAGUGACAAAACAAGGGUUAUGACACAUUUUUUCAUCAACAAAAAAGUGACAAAGGCGGGGAAGGCUAAACCAACAAGUACCAUCCCACACGUGAGAACGAAAGGGGCCGGAAGAAAUGCAAUGUUCGUUGUUGCACUAUUUAGUAAUAAAAGAACACAAAGAUUG